CUUCACCCUCUCAAACUCCAAUCUACCACCACCAUUAGAUCGAGUGCAGCCGGAAUUCGGGCUUCUCCGAACUUAAACAUUUUCUUCGUCCCGUUGUACAGACUUUCUUUAAGCAAAUUACAUUGUGAAUAUCAGGAUUCAACAUGGACAAGGUGAUGAGAUUGACCACAGAGAGAGGGGUAGUGCUAUUCAGCAAGAGCUCAUGUUGCUUAUGUUAUGCUGUCAAAAUUCUAUUCCAAGAGCUUGGGGUAACCCCAACGAUUCAUGAGAUCGACCAAGACCCUGAAGGCCGAGAAAUGGAGAGAGCCCUCAUGAGGUUGGGGUGCAAAGCGCCGGUUCCGGCGGUCUUCAUAGGUGGAAAGCUGGUGGGAUCCACCAAUGAAGUCAUGUCCCUCCACUUAGGAGGAGGACUGAUCCCUUUGCUGAGGCCAUAUCAGGCUUUUUGCUAAACUAAAUACAAAUUACUCCUUCAAUUAACAUUGAAAGAAAUAAGUUGGCUCAAAAUCAGUGGUCUCUCUAGUGAGCUGUACGUAUUGUGUAGUCUGCAUGUGUAGUUUUAUUUCUAUGUUCUAUCAUGUGUCAUCUUAGCAUUGGUAUAUGUAGUCUUUUUCUAUUUCUUAAUGAAGUUUACUUUAUAUA